GUCAAGACAGGAGUGAAGACUUCUGGUCCAAAAAAUGCAGCUUGUGCAAUUUUAAUAAUAAGAGUUAAGAGGAAACCACCUACAAGCAAAGGAAGGACACACAGUACCUUGAAGAACUUAAUUGUCAUUAAAAAGAAAGCCAAGGACUCUUUUGGGGUGAAGAGAAAAACAGGAGAAGAAGAAAAACCUGUUCUCAUCAGAAUCCAAAGCAACAGAGAAAUUUUUAAAAACCCAAGAAAAAGUCUUAUCUUCUUCUACUGCUCCUCCAAUGGCAGAUGAAAUUGGAAAAGAAAACAACCCAAAUUUGAAUAAACCCAGUUUACUAAUUAGAUUGAUGAGUAAAAGAAGAACCUGGGUUUUUCUUUUUGUUGUGGUCUAUGGUUUUCUAUUAUGUUCUUCAUGGAAUUUCCUUCAGAAAAUCUUAGUUUGGUAUAAUUCUAAUACGUCUUCAGCCAAAUCUACUGGAUGGCCAGCUCUUUAUGCUUCUGUUUUAUUAGGUGUUGUAUUUGGAGUUCUAUCAAUGAUAGCUGCUCUUGCUGUUGCAAUACCAGCUAUGCUUGUAACUUGGAUCACCGUGUUGGUGCUUCUUACCUUCUGUGGAAAACCUAGAAAAGCUCUUGUUCUUGAAGGGAGGAAAAUUACAGCUGAUAUUACUGGAUUUGCAAUCAAGAUUCUUCUUAAAGAAGGUAAUAUUGUUGCCGCUGUUUGUGCUGUUGUUGGGUAUGUUCUUUUAGUUAGAACAACUGCAGAAAAUGGAUGAUAAAGGAAUUUUUCAUUUUAUUUUUUUUAUUAUUGUUGUUCUUAUUUCUUUUUCAUUUUAUUUUUGUAAUUUAGGAAAAAUCCUUGUAAAUUUCGCAACUUACAUAAAAAUGAAUAUCAUCUUCUGUUUCAUGUAAUUGUUGGUUAGGGUUUACAUGGAAAUUAAUGGGAUUUUAGAAGGUAUUAACUCUC